CCCCGGCCCACCCGAGCGAACCGGCGAGGAACCACCAGCCAUGUGGCGCCGCGCCUCCCAGCUCCUCCUCCUCCGCACCGGCGCCGCCGCCGCCCGGCGCCUCCCGCUUCCGCCCCCACCCCGGUCGCUCCCCCUCGCGCCCACAUGGGUAGCCUCCUACGCCACCCAGUCCGCGGCGGCGCCGGCGCCGGCGCCGGCGCGGAGGCCGCUGCGGACGGUGGGAUCCCUGCUGCGGCUGAACGACCUCCGUGACAACCCGGGCGCGCGGAAGCAGAAGACGCGCAAGGGGCGCGGGAUCGGCUCCGGGAAGGGCAAGACCGCCGGCCGCGGGCACAAGGGACAGAAGGCGCGCGGCACCGCCAGGUUCGGCUUCGAGGGCGGCCAGACCCCGCUCCGCCGCCGCCUGCCCCGGCGUGGCUUCAAGAACCGCUUCUCCCUCACAUUCCAGCCCUGUGGACUGGGGAAAAUUGCAAAGCUCAUCAAUGCUGGAAAAAUUGAUUCCUCUGAACUGAUCACAAUGAAGACACUGAAGGAAACAGGUGCCAUUGGGAAGCAAAUAAAGGACGGAAUUCGCUUAAUGGGUCGUGGAGCAGAAGAAAUCAAAUGGCCAAUUCACCUUGAGGUAUCAAGGACAACAGCAAGAGCAAAAGCUGCCGUGGAAGCAGCUGGUGGGACAGUAAGGCUGGUGUACUACAACAAGCUUGGAUUCCGAGCACUCCUGAAACCGGAGUGGUUUGAGAAGAAAGGCCGUCUGCUACCAAAAGCAGCACGGCCUCCGCCCAAGCAACGAGAUAAGGUGGAUAGCAUUGGCCGCCUACCCGCACCGACAAAGCCACUCCCCUUCACACCAGAGGAGCUGGAGUUUGCAGCAAAGCGUGACGCUUCUCGUUUGAGUGUGACUGCAUAAGAAUUUCCCUUUUUUUUCAAGUGUGACUGCAUGCAUAAGGUCGAGCAUGGUGGAGGCACCUUUUUUUUUCAUUCUACACACCAAACAAGGUAGGCCCCCUCUGAAUGUGUACCACAUUAGUUGGGGCAGGGAAGGGCAUGUAAGAAUGGAAUGUUAUAUCUUGAAGGUCUCAUUCCUCGUGGAGUUGGAUCCCCUGUCCACAGAUUCAUGAUUUAGUUUGUUCUGGGUAGAGCUAGGGUGAGGGGCAUGCCCUCCGCUGUGCAUGCGCCCUUCGCCUUGUGGCCUGACGUUUGUGGUGCUGGGAUCCUGAUAGUUGCAUCUGGUGCCUCAAGAUAGUGCCAGGCACCAUCGAGUAGGCUUGUUCAACCAUUAAUCACUGAACCCAUUGAAAUAAAAAGACGAAUAAUGUUUUAUA